AUGUCAUCUACGGUAUAUGUCAUCUACGGUAUAUGUCAUCCACGGUAUAUGUCAUCCACGGUAUAUGUCAUCCACGGUAUAUGUCAUCCACGGUAUAUGUCAUCUACGGUAUAUGUCAUCUACGGUAUAUGUCAUCCACGGUAUAUGUCAUCUACGGUAUAUGUCAUCCACGGUAUAUGUCAUCCACGGUAUAUGUCAUCUACGGUAUAUGUCAUCUACGGUAUAUGUCAUCCACGGUAUAUGUCAUCCACGGUAUAUGUCAUCCACGGUAUAUGUCAUCCACGGUAUAUGUCAUCCACGGUAUAUGUCAUCAUACGGUAUAUGUCAUCUACGGUAUAUGUCAUCUACGGUAUAUGUCAUCUACGGUAUAUGUCAUCUACGGUAUAUGUCAUCUACGGUAUAUGUAUCCACGGUAUAUGUCAUCCACGGUAUAUGUCAUCUACGGUAUAUGUCAUCUACGGUAUAUGUCAUCUACGGUAUAUGUCAUCUACGGUAUAUGUCAUCUACGGUAUAUGUCAUCCACGGUAUAUGUCAUCCACGGUAUAUGUCAUCCACGGUAUAUGUCAUCUACGGUAUAUGUUAUCCACGGUAUAUGUCAUCUACGGUAUAUGUUAUCCACGGUAUAUGUCAUCCACGGUAUAUGUCAUCCACGGUAUAUGUCAUCUACGGUAUAUGUCAUCCACGGUAUAUGUCAUCUACGGUAUAUGUUAUCCACGGUAUAUGUCAUCCACGGUAUAUGUCAUCCACGGUAUAUGUCAUCCACGGUAUAUGUCAUCUACGGUACGCCGUCUACGGUACGCCAUCCACGAUACUCUUCUGUAA